AUGGAGGCGCAGCAGGAGAGCCAAGAGUUCUUCUCGGUGGAGAACGUGCAGAAGAAUGAAGGCGUGGUCGAGUUUACGCAGACGGCGAUGUGCGUCGUGUCAGGAAGCAUGGCUGGCGUGAUUGGGUUGACGGCGUUCCAAGGGUUUGCGUUCAUGGUGGCGCUGUACGUCGUGACGUCCGUAGCGCUGCUGGCCAAGAUGAAGUUCGACGUCGAGACGUAUUUCAACAUGAAGUGGUAUUCGUUCCUGUUUUACGGCAUCGGUGGCCAUGUCGUGUCGUUCAUCUUGUUUUGGACGCUUGGUUACGGCAUGGUCCAUAUUUACUAG